GCAACGACCACGCACUUGCUCGCAUUGCUUUCUCCGUCCGAAUUCUACUUCGGCUACUCCGAAUUCUCUCUCUCUCUCUCUUUCUUUACGGUCUUGGCAAUGGCUUCGAUCACAGGUUCAUCAAUCUGCGUGCGAUCUCCGUCUCUCCAGUCGCGCCAAAUCUCUGCAAUAUCCAAGCUUUCUGGCUUGAAGAGGGUCUCCUUUUCUUACCAAGGAAGAAAUACCUUCUCUCUUAGAAGAUCACAAUCGAUUCGAAUUUCAUGCGCUGCCAAACCAGAGACAGUUGAAAAGGUUAGCAGAAUAGUGAAGAAGCAACUGGCACUGCCAGAUGACUCCACUGUUAAUGGCGAGUCCAAAUUUGCAACCCUUGGAGCUGAUUCUCUUGACACGGUUGAGAUCGUGAUGGGACUCGAGGAGGAAUUUGGGAUCACUGUGGAAGAGGAGAGCGCACAGAGCAUCACGACCGUUCAAGAUGCUGCAGAUCUGAUAGAGGAUCUCAUCCUCAAAAAGAGUGGUUAGAGUUAGAACAGAGCCCCACUGCCUUAAGUCUAAACCAGGUCCCCUUCCCUUUUUUUACCUUUUUGCCCUUAAUGUUUUUCCACUCGUAAAGUCACACUGGCGUUUGAAAAGAGGCUGUAGUAGUCUUCCUCCACCCUUCUCUACUUUUUAAUGUUAGUUAAUCAAUGUAUUAGGUCUUAAAAUAAUCAUCAUAAUAAUUUAUAAGACUUUAUUUUCUGAGCUUCU